AUGGGGCUCAAAGAGGUCACGCCCGAACCAAUACGCAACCUUAGACCUGUGGAAGGUAUAGAAAAGCCCAGCGGGAUCCUUAAUUUUCUUAAUGCACGAUUCGUAAGGCUUUCACUACGCAAAAUCCAAAAACAUUCGAUAUGGCCCCUAAUGGUAUAUUUCCCUUUGCACGCGGUUAACACCCUAGUCGUACCUGCCAUCUCUCCAGAGAGUGCGCCAAAUGACGUCCUCAUGAUGGUGCGAGCUAUUUUGCCUGGAUUUACUAGUGCUCUACUUAAGUGGUCAAUUACGGCUCAUGUUCUUAGCGGUCUAGCAUUACGCAUCUGGGGUUCUUUCUCGAGAUGGAAGACCCAUAGAAGAAGAGGUAAGUCUAUACCCCAGGACCAAAAGGAGCGUGAAUCACAGCGAGCUAUCGGCCUUAUCGGAGGGUUGUCUGGCUACUGCAUUGGUGUCAGUAAACAACUUGCCUACAACCCCCAAGUUGUAACCGGUUACAUUUUAACACCCCUUCUAUGGUACCAUGGCAGAAUUAUGAAGGAAGUUCCUCUUGAGCAAGACUUUGGAGCUAUUGAUAUUGAUUUCCCUAAGUGGAUUCUACAAAACGAUAAUGCAUUCAUUAAGUGGUUCGGGGGAAUUCUCCCCUUGUCUGUGCUAAUCUGGGCUGCUAGCUACCAUGUAGUAGCUGGAUUCUGCAAUUUUGCUAAGAUAAGGCGGAUGGAUGUUAGAAAGUCUUUAUCCACUCUUAUUCUUUUCUUGACAACUUCAGGCAUUAUCAGUCUCUGGAGACUGUCGAAAAGCUCUCCUGUUUUCCAGGCUUCAUCCUUCCCACAAAUUCUCAGGAGAGUUUUUUGA